AUGCUUGGCGAUGGUGGACCGGAGUUCGGCGGCUGCUCCGCAUCUCCGCAAUCGUCAACAAUCAACGUUAUGGUCACACGUCGAACGAGGGCUGGUUCAGCUGCCGCGGCCAGCAAGUCGAAGCCGCAAGCCGGCGGAAAGAAGCAGACGACCUCCAAGGCGGCGGCGGCGGCGCCUGCAUCUGCGACCUCGAGCAAUGCCGAAGCUCUCAAGCGCAUGAAAGAGGUGGUGAGGAUGACGAACCCAGAUGCCUCGGAAAAAGAGGUCACAGCAAAGGCUCGUCGCCUUCUUGCGGACAUGAGGAAGGCACCCACCGAGGAGAAGGAUCGCCUGCAAUCCAUACAAGCAAAGAGCGAGGUUAUGAUGGAGGAGGAUGCCGAUGGCGAAGAUGACCCUGAAGUUGUAACGGCUGAUGAGCAGCCAGGCAGCGGAGACGAGGAGGCGCGUUCGACUCCCUCUGAGCAUGAGCCGGCUGCGUCGAGGGUCAAGGGCAAGGCAGUGGCGAACGUUGAGUCGCCUCCCAAGCCAAAGCCCCGCCCGAGGCCGCGCAAGAGAAAGGCUGACCAGGUGUCAGACAAGGCAGACAGUGACGCCGAAGUUGUUGGGAGAGCUCCGGAUGGGCCUGAUAAGAAGAGGACGAAGACGCAGAGCCCUGGCAAGUCGGCUGGAGCUAGGCGGGUGCCAUCUGGGGAGCAUAGCUCCCCUACUACAUCGCCGGGAUCGCCCGGGAAGAAGAGGGUCGAGGUCGUCAUUCCGAUGGAUCCUCCGCUGCGAAACUUGUCCAAGGAGGAGCAGGAUGUGGCUGAUCGACUCCGCAUACGUAGUGGGAAGAAGGUUGCGCGGGUGCAAAGUGAAGAGGAGAGCGAGAAGGAUCAGCUGCCCGAUGACGAUGCGAGUUUGGAGAACUGGGAGUCCCAGACUCGAGGGGUCGCCAAGAAUAGACGGCAUACCGAGGACGGCUCGGGGGAUGACAGCGAGUCGUACCAAGUCUCCGACAAGGACCCUAAGGAAGACAGCGACCAGAGCCUGAGCAAGGCCGAGGAGAGCGGCUCUGACAUCGACGACGACGAGAUUAUUGUCAAGUCUGAGGAGAAGCCGCAGCCAAAAGUGAAGGCUGCGAAGGCCAAGGCUCAGGGCAAGAAGAAAGGCUCCAAGGCGUCCAAGGACGACGACCCAUAUGCCGAGCUUGACCAGGAGCCGAUGAAGAGUUUGGUGCAGCACGCCCAGCUCGAGUUCAGGGUCUAUCUGAGCCUCGAGAACGCGUGGCCCCGCAAGAAUGACAAGGUCAUCGACAGGUGGGACGCUCCGUUGACGAUGUACGACAGGGUCAUCAGCAAGCACAAGAAAUAUCGGGCACCCAAGUUCAAGGAGAGAUACGAUGAGCUGAUCGAAAUAGACUCCAUCAGGAAAGAAAUGCGUAGGAGGGUCUACAAGCUGGCAGCGCAGUUUCGCCAAGAGGUGAAACAGAAGGCCAAACGUGUCGUGGAGAAGGAGUUCUUGUCCCUCAAGGUGUCAGACGUUGGUCCCAACGGUGACCGGUUGAGCUCUGUCGCCCGUGCGGACAAGCUGCAGAAUGCCCUGGAGGCGCGUAUUCGGUUCCUCAAGGACGGGGAUACCUUUCACCACGGCAACCUCAAGAUGCCGGAUCCUGAAACCAUCCAGAUGAUAACAGAAUGGUUUGCUCACAUGGAGCAGCUGUGGGUGGCGGAACGUGACGCCCCGUUCCACAACGAGGCUAUCGCUGAAGUCAUGGCUCGUCAAUGGUGGCUCGGGCAGCAUCCUGAGGCACUGCGCCCCGAGAACCGUGAACGCUUCGACAUCAACACGGUCCCUUUAUCGAGCAACAUGAUUGCCCUUGCGUGCAGCGCGAUACUUGUGACUCUGGACGAGUCGCUCAAGGGCAACGUCACCAUUAACUUCGACGAGAAGACAUACGCGCCGGAGCACGACCGCUUCAAAGCUGGUAUCGACAUGCUGCGACGAACUGUUGCGCGGAUCGCCGAGCCUGAAGUUGCGGAGCAAGAUGGAUCGCGCGCCGCGGUCUUGAACCUCAACCUCGACAUGGAUCUUCUGUCGGCUCGUUGGCGGAAGAACGUGCAGGUGCCUUCCACGAGUACUAAUCAGGAGGCUGCUGGUCCUUCGUCGAGUACGCAGAGUUCGCUGCCGGCGGCUUGA